AUGUUACGACGUGCCCUUUCUGUGUACAGUCGUAUGCUGCUGAAUCAGGCAAAUGGUAAAAGGUUAUUGCUCAGCAACUUAUGUAUUGCUCAACGCCAAAGAUAUUUUGCUGUUUCACAGUUACUGAUUCCACAAAACUGGUCAUUUUAUUACUUUGAUGUCGUUGGACGAUUGCAUACAAGCCAGUCAUGUCACGUUGAUAUCAUAGAAGUGGAAGGACCUGCUUUCGCGGAAUCGAUCUCCGAAGGGGAUAUAAGAUGGUUGAAACAAAAGGGUGAUUUUGUCAAUCGAGAUGAUCUGGUUGCUGAGAUAGAGACUGAUAAGACAACCGUGGAAGUGCCAGCCUCACACUCAGGAACGAUAGUUGAACUUUUAAUAGAAGAUGGUGGUCGAGUAGUUGCCCAUCAGAAGUUGUAUAAAUUAGAAGUUGGAGGAGAAGCACCUGCCAAGAGUGCAGGAGAGACGAAGAAAUCAGUGGAACAGAAAACUUUUCCUUCACCAUCGCCAAAGUCAGAAUCAGUGCAGACACCAGCGUCACCUAGUCUAGAAGAAAAGCCGAUUGCUCCUCCAUCCCCAGUGAAAAUUGCAACUUCUCAACCUAAGCCAGAACCUCCUUCGGAGAAAAUUCCAUCUGGCACUGAUCAAAGUGUCUUUACUAGUUCAAGAAAUGAGACACGUGUAAAAAUGAACCGAAUGCGUUUGAGAAUAGCACAACGAUUAAAGGAUGCUCAGAAUACUUAUGCAAUGCUUACCACUUUUAAUGAAGUAGACAUGAGCAAUGUGUUAGAAAUGAGAAAACGCUAUCAAAAAGAAUUUAUCGCAAAAUAUGGCAUUAAAAUCGGACUAAUGUCCCCAUUUAUUCGAGCAUCUGCUUAUGCGUUACAAGAAUUUCCAACCGUUAAUGCAGUAAUCGAUGAAGGCGAGAUACUGUAUCGGCAUUAUAUCGAUGUAUCAGUUGCAGUCGCUACACCAAAAGGUCUGGUAGUGCCGGUGAUACGUAACGUUGAAACGAUGGAUUAUGCAACUAUCGAGAAGACAUUGAAUGAAUUUGCAAUUAAACUUGCAAUCGAAGAUAUGGAAGGUGGAACAUUCACAAUCAGUAAUGGCGGUGUUUUUGGCUCAGUGUCUGGAACACCAAUCAUCAAUCCACCACAAUCAGCAAUUCUCGGGAUGCACGGCGUCUUUGACCGACCAGUGGCAAUAGAUGGAAAUGUUGAAAUACGCCCAAUGAUGACUAUAGCACUGACAUACGAUCAUAGGUUAAUUGAUGGUCGCGAAGCAGUUACUUUCUUGAGAAAGAUUAAAACUUCAGUUGAAGAUCCACGGACCAUUUUGCUAAAUUUGUAG